AUGGCACCCGGCAAGCCGGGGAAGGGCGCGGGGGCCUCGGAGGACCCCUCGGUUACGCUCUUCCGGGAGUACCUGAAAAUCAACACCGUCCACCCCGAGCCGGACUACGAUGCAGCCGUGCGGUUUUUGGAGCGUGUCGGCGCCGACCUGGGCUUGGCCUGCCAGAAAGUGGAGGUGUGCCCGGGCCGAGUGGUCCUGGUCCUCACCUGGCCGGGCACGAACCCCCACCUGCGCUCCAUCCUGCUCAACUCCCACAUGGAUGUCGUGCCGGUCUUUGAGGAGCACUGGACCUACCCCCCCUUCGAAGCCGUUAAGGAUGCGCAAGGCAACAUCUACGCCCGGGGCGCCCAGGACAUGAAGUGCGUCUCCAUCCAGUAUCUCGAGGCCAUCCGGAGGCUGAAGGCAGAGGGGAAGUGUUUUGCCCGCACCAUCCACCUAACUUUUGUGCCUGACGAGGAGGUGGGUGGACACAAGGGCAUGGAGAUGUUCGUGCAGCGCCCCGAGUUCAGGGCGCUCAAUGUGGGCUUUGCCCUGGACGAAGGCCUGGCCAGCCCCUCCGACACCUUCAGCGUCUUCUACGGCGAGAAGAGCCCUUGGUGGAUCAAAGUGAAGUGCGUGGGCAGCCCCGGCCACGGGUCCCGCUUCGUCAGCAACACGGCAGCCGAGAAGGUGCACAAGGUGAUCACCUCCUUCCUGGCGUUCAGGGAGAGCGAGAAGCAGAGGCUGAAGUCCGACGGGGGCCUGACCUUGGGGGACGUCACCUCGCUCAACCUGACCAUGCUGGAGGGGGGCGUCUGCUUCAACGUGGUGCCCUCGGAGAUGGCAGUCGGCUUCGAUGUCCGCAUCCCCCCCACUGUGGACCUGAAGGCGUUCGAAGAGCAGGUGGCCGUGUGGUGCCGGGCCGCCGGGGACGGUGUCACCUACGAGUUUAUCCAGAAGUGCAUGGACCAGCAUGUCACCUCCACGGAGGAGUCGGACCCGUGGUGGCGAGCCUUCAGCGGGGUCUGCAGGGACAUGAAGCUGCCGCUCAAGCUCGAGAUCUUCCCCGCUGCCACCGACAGCCGCUACAUCCGAGCGGUGGGCUGCCCGGCCGUCGGCUUCUCGCCCAUGACCCGCACGCCGGUGCUGCUCCACGACCACGACGAGUUCCUCAACGAGCAGGUCUUCCUGCGGGGCAUCGCCAUCUACGCCCGCCUGCUGCCCGCCCUGGCCUCCGUGCCGGCGCUGCCCGCGGAGGGCUGAGCGCGCCCGCGCCCGGGGGGCCAACGCCGGGCCCCUUGGAGGGGGGGCGGCAGGGACGGCGGCCCCCCCUGCCCCCCGGGGCCCGACCGAGGUUUCCCGGAGCCGCGCGCCGUGCGAUUUCUCCCAAUAAAUCUUGAUAAGCAAA